CGCGGAUCUGACGAGUUUUCGAUUCAUAACCAAAAUACCGAAGUUUGUGUAUCGCAUCGAAAAACCUAUGGUGUAUCGCGAGCGCGAUUCAGUUCGUAUCGUGAGAGCAGGAGUGUUGUGGGUCGGGUUCAUUAUAGUCCGCGCAUUUGUUUAUUUUGUUUAGUUGUCUCAACAUGGUAAAAGAUAACGAUAAUGGUGUGGUAGGAUUUCAAUUUCAUCAACGAGAUGAUUCGACGAAAUGGCAAAAAUUUCAAAGAGCAUUGUAUGACCCAUCAACUAAGCAAGUUUUAGGACGAACUCCGAAAAGUUGGGGCCAACUUCUAUUUUUCUAUGCAAUGUUUUAUAUAGUCCUAGCUGCCUUAUUCGCAAUAUGUAUGCAGGGUCUGUUUGCUACUAUAAGCGUUCAAGAACCUACAUGGAAACUAGAAGAGAGUUUAAUAGGAAACAAUCCAGGCUUAGGUUUUAGACCUAUAUCGGAUAAAACGGAAGAUGGUUCUCUUAUUUGGUACAACACAACAAAUCACACUACUACAACCAAGUGGGUUAAACUUAUGAACACUUUUUUGGAAGAUUACAAUAAAUCUCAGGUUGGCGAAAACUAUGUACAAUGUGACUUUCAUAAACUUCCUGAACCAGAUCAAGCCUGUGCCAUUGACAUUGGUGAUUUUGGAAAUUGUACACCCGAAAAAAAUUAUGGUUACAAUUCCACAUCCCCUUGUGUAUUUUUAAAAUUAAAUAGGAUUUUCGGUUGGAAACCUGAAUUUUUUACCGAACCUCAAGAUGACAUGCCUAUUGCUUUAAAAGAACAUAUCAAUAGCAUAAUAAACAAAAAAGAAAGGCAGCAAAUUUGGGUAAGCUGUCAAGGAGAAAAUGCUUUAGACAAAGAAUCAGCUACCCAAUUCGAGUAUAAACCACAUGGUUUCGCUGGAUAUUUUUACCCAUAUUUGAACACUCCAAACUAUAAAAGUCCUCUUAUCUCUGUUCGAAUUUUAAAUCCAACACCAAACAUAAUCAUCAGUAUUGAAUGCAGAGCAUGGGCUAAAAAUAUAGUAUACAGAGGUGGUUCGCUAAAUAGGGCUGGAUCUGUAAGUUUUGAAAUUAUGGUCGACACAGAAGGAAAAGCUAACGUUAUGGAAGCUAAAAUCUAAUUUUUUAUGUGUUUAUGUGUGUUGUUUCCUGACUUGAGCCUGAUAGUACUUAUUUUUUGUUAUUUUAUUUGUUGUUAUUUUCUUAACUACUUAGGUUGUGCAAGUAGGUUUAACAGUGUUUUGUAGACUAUAAUAAUAAUCACAAAACUGCCUUAGAACAAAUGUAAAGACUAAUAUAUACCUAGACGACAUAAUAUUAUCUGAUUAAAAUUUAUUUGGCAUUUUGGUACUUACUACAAAAUUUUUAAGUUAAUUUUUAUUUAUAAAACAUGUAGGUCCUAAUUAAUUAAUUACUGACAUAAGUGUACAGCUAUGUUUUUAAUUGUCAUAUUAUGAUUUAAAAUCGUAAGUAGCAAUCUAACCAUAAAUUGUAAACGAAUUUUAUUUUAGUAAAUCCACAAAAAAGUAAACCUUAUUGUAUAUAGGUAAUAUAAAUAGGUGCUACAAUUUUAUUUUUUUAUUAAAAAUUAUACCUCUAUGUCUUUUUUAA